AUGGACGCGAUCAAGCCCGUGGAGAUCACCGAAGACAUCAAAAAGAUGGAUUAUGAGUCUCCUGCAGAGGACCAGGAAAAGUCUAGGGUUACUGAGCCACCCAAGGGUGAUGUGUUUGGCGACGAGGAUGCGGGAGGAGUGCAGUACAAGGUGCUCAGCUGGCAAAAAUGCGCAAUCGUGAUGCUCGCCCAGAUGAUCUCGCUAGGGGUGCUAUCACUGCCCUCCGCCAUCGCAACUCUGGGUCUAGUACCGGGAAUAAUCGCCUUGGUCGUGCUGGGCCUUCUCGCCGGCUACACCGCAUACGUGAUCUUCCAGUUCAAGACACGCUACCCACAUGUUGUCCACAUGGCAGACGCGGGAGAAAUCAUCGGAGGGCCGAUCGGACGCGAGAUCGUCGGUGCCGGACAGCUGCUCUUCUGUCUCUUCCUGAUGGCGAGUCAUCUGCUCACCUUCCGCGUGGCAAUGAACGCCAUCACCGAACAUGGAACCUGCUCUAUCGUGUUUGGCAUAGUAGGCAUGAUAGUCGCCUUCGGGGGGAAUGUGCCGCGCACGUUGAACAACGUAGCUAAGCUUUCGGUCAUCUCAUUCACCAGCAUCGUCAGUGCCGUCUUCCUCUGCAUGAUCGGCCUCGCGGUGACCAAUCCCCCGGCUCCCGUCCACGCCGUGAAGCAGACCGAGUUCACCACCGCGUGGGGCGCCAUUACCGAUAUGGUGAUCGCAUACGCCGGCCACGUAGCAUUCUUCGGGUUCAUCGCCGAGAUGAAGGAGCCGAAGGACUUCCCCAAAUCGCUGUGCGUCCUACAGACGGUUGAGAUUGCUUUAUAUGUGGCUGUGGCGGUGGUCAUCUACUGCUACGCUGGAGACAGCGUCACAUCCCCGGCUUUGGGGUCGAUGGGGCCUGUCCUGCGGAAGGUAGCGUAUGGAUUGGCGUUACCAUCGAUUGUCAUCGCGGGAGUCAUCUUCGGCCACACUGCCUGCAAGCAGGUAUACGUGCGCAUCUGGGCCGGCAGUGACCGCAUCCACAAGCGCGAUGCAGCAGCGCUGGGGUCGUGGUGUGCGCUUGGGGUAGUGUUCUGGGUCCUGGCUUGGGUGAUUGCCGAGGCCAUUCCGGUCUUCAACAGCUUGUUGAGUUUGAUCGCUGCGCUGUUUGGAAGCUGGUUCACCUGUAAGCGGCCGCGAUUCACCUUGUGGGAUCUCGAGCUAACGAGUUAG